AUGAUUGGAGAUUUCAACGCCAAGAUUGGACCAACAAGAACGUCUGAGGAACGUCACAUUGGGACCCACGGAUUAGAAUGGAACGAACAGGGUGAGUGGCUAUCUGAGUUUAUCAUGGCGACCAAGGCAAUCCAUAGUAACUUGCGAUUCCAGAAGCCCCACCCUCAACGCUGGACAUGGGAGUUAUUGAAUGGAGUGUACCAUAACGAAAUAGACUACAUCAUAGUAAAUAAAAGGCUUUACCUAACCGGUGUCGCUGUUGUCGCAAAAUUCUGCAGGAGAUCACACCAUCGUCUUCUUCGUGGAAGAUUCCAUUUUUCGCGGAAAGGAGAAAAAGCCGGUAAAUUACGAAACGGAAAUCCCGGAACCACCGUAAACUGGGAUUUAUUUAAUUCAUUAGUCGGCUGUUGGGAAGAUGCCGUUGUUGAUAGCAUCGACGAGGAAUACUAUCGGUUUAUUCAACAUCUUCACGUUAGCGCUAUGAAGGCUGAGAGUUCGGAAGUCACCAAGAAACGUCUGUUUCCAGGAACGCUCGAUCUGAUACGCCAGCGUGGAAUCGCACGAGCUGCAGGCAACCGCGAACUAACGUUCGAACUUGCAAAACAAUGCAGACAGGCGAUAAAAGAAGAUCUUAAAGAGAGAAGAGCAGCAGUAAUAGACGAAGCUGCAGAGGCUGUGAAAAGCAUUCGCAAAGCUCACCGACGCUUCGCCAAUUACAAGACCAAGAUGAUUGCACUCCUGCGCCCAAACGGAACAGUUACAAUGUCCAGAAAGGUAAUGGAGAAAAUCAUUCAUGAUUACAAUUCACAUCUCUUCAAUAUGCACGUCAUCCUGCUCUCAUAUGAAAUAAAGGAGAGUGGUUCCCAGGAUCGACUUUCUCUUAACCUCGGCAUUGGGAUAUGA